GAAAAAAGGCCAUGCGUCAUCCCUAAAACAUUCUACACGUGGCAUCAUCUCCGGCCAUCGCGUUAUUUGCGCUACCCUAUACAGAGACCUCGGUUAUCAUCUUUCGGGUGAUCGUUGGCGUCAAUGGAGGCUGCACAACCGAAAAGGGUGGUGGUUUGCGGCGGCGGAGUGAUCGGAGUUUGCACCGCUUAUUUCUUGUCCAAAAAGGGAGCCAAAGUGACCCUUGUGGAGAAAUCCUCCAUCGCCUGCGCCGCUUCCGGAAAGGCCGGUGGGUUUCUAGCACGAGAUUGGUGCGACGGUGGGCCCCUUUCCGCCCUGGCAAGAGCCAGCUUCGAUCUCCACCGUUCGCUCGCCGAUGAACUCGAUGGUCCUCAAUCGUACGGCUACCGUCCGCUGACGGCUCUGAGCGUUAGCGUCGAGGAAUCGCCGCCGUCGGUUCUUUCCAGAGGCCGCCGUAGCCCAGCGCUUCCGUCUUGGGUCGACGGCCCAGCUAAGGGCCCAAAAACGAUCGGGACUACUGAUACCACGGCCCAAGUCCAUCCUCUUCUGUUCACUAAAACUCUGUGGGCGAGAGCAGUGGAGCAUCACGGCGCCGGGUUGGUGAUCGGGAAAUUGGAGAGGGUUGCGGUGGACGGAGGGCGAGCGGCGGCCGUCGUGUUGGAAGGAGGGGAACAGAUAGCAGCUGAUGCUGUCGUUUUGGCUCUUGGGCCGUGGUCUAGCAAAUUGGGCAUUUUGAGGUCCAUUAUCCGGGUGUAUGGACUUAAGGCCCAUAGCAUUGUCUUGGAGCCUAACGAGCGAGAUAAAAUUACCCCGCAUGCACUGUUUCUCAGUUACUAUCCGGCCCAUGCUCAAGGUGAGGAGCCCAUUGAUCCAGAAGUGUAUCCUCGGCCCACAGGAGAGGUGUACGUAUGCGGAAUGUCAGCAAGGGCAGAGGUUCCAGAUGAUCCGGAAGAGAUACACCCAGACCCCGAAUCCAUAGCGAUGCUCAAGAGAGUCGCCGGAAACGUGUCCAGCCACUUGGCGGCGGAGGAAGCGGAGGCGGCCGUGAAGGCGGAACAAGCGUGCUUUCUGCCAUGUACGGAGGAGGGGGUGCCUGCCAUAGGAAGAGUUCCCGGCGUGGAGGGACUCUACGUCGCCGCGGGCCAUAGCUGUUGGGGCAUCCUAAACGGCCCCGCCACCGGCGCUUCCCUGGCAGAACUCAUUCGAGACGGGCAAUCCACCCUCGUCGAUCUUUCCCCAUUUACCCCUUCGACGUAACAAUCUCUCGUCCUACCUAAGACCCGUAAUUGGAUUUUAAGUGUGAACUCUGGGCAAAUAUUGUUUGUCAUAUACUCCGUAAAACAUUCUGAAUAAUACGUAUCCCAUAAAAUAAGGCACUUUUU